AUGAUUCCGGCUAAGAUGUCCGCGGCACGAGCCGCUUCCCUGCGGUCUCAAGCACCGACUCUCAGAGCAUCUACCCAACGGUCAACUCGGGCUGCCCUUUACUCAUCGGUUGCUGCGCCAAAGCUUGCGCUGUCUAAGAGCAGCCAAGUUGUUCUCCAGACCCCCUCCACAUCGGCAUUCCAAGCAGUGUCGCCGUUCGCCGCUCUCCCUUUGACCCGUUCGUUCCACGUCGCAACAUCUCUCUGGCAACAACAGCAGCAAAAGCAACAAGAAGAAAAGAAGGAAGAACCCAAGUCCGAGGAACAGGGCGAAGAAUCCAAGGAAGAAGGCAAGGAGAAGAAGGAAGAGAAGGCUCCCCCCCCACCCCACGGAGACAAGUCCCCAUGGCAGGUAUUCCGCGAGACCUUGCAGACCGAGUUCAAGGCCUCAAAGGAAUGGGAGGAAUCAACCAAGGCACUCGCCUCCUCCGCUCACCAGUUCUCUGAGAAUGAGAACAUCAAGCGUGCGCGCGCCGCCUAUGAUGCCGCCUCCACCGCCACAUCCUCCAGAACCUCAACGGCCUUCAAGACAACAGGUCAGGCUAUCGGAAAGGGUGCUGCCUGGACAUGGAACACCGGCGUUGUCAAGGGAGUUCGCAAGGGUGUCAAUGCCACUGGAGAGGGACUCGAGAAGGCCACGAGGCCUGUUCGUGAGACCGAAGCAUACAAGAGUGUGAAGGAUGCCAUCGAUGAUGGAAGCAGCUCACGCUACGGUGGCUGGGUGGAGAAAGAGGAGCGUCGCCUGCAGCGACAACGUCGCGAGGAGCUUGAUCGCAAGGCUGGAAAGACUCACUACGUUGAGGAGAGGGUCGAAGAUCCCAACGCCGGCACCAACGUCACUGUUCACAAGGAUGCCGCCUGGAAGGACUCUUGGCGUGACUUCAAGGACUCCAACCCCAUGAUGCAGAGACUCUUCAGCAUGAAGGAGACAUACAACGAGUCCGAAAACCCCCUCAUCAGCACAGCCCGUAGCAUCUCCGAUAAGAUUGGAGGCUUCUUCGCCGAGAAUGAGACUGCCCAGGUCAUCAAGAAGUUCCGUGAGAUCGACCCCAACUUCCAGAUGGAGCCUUUCCUACGGGAAAUGCGCGACUACAUGCUGCCUGAAGUUCUUGACGCCUACGUCAAGGGAGACGUUGAAACCUUGAAGCUCUGGCUUUCAGAUGCCCAAUACCACGUCUAUGCUGCCCUCGCCCAACAGUACACCACCGCCGGUCUCAAGUCCGAUGGCCGCAUUCUGGAUAUUCGUGGUGUUGAUGUUUCCCAUGCUCGCAUUCUGGACCCCGGUGACAUCCCCGUGUUCGUCGUUACCUGCCGGACCCAGGAGAUCCACGUCUACCGCAAGGCCAAGACUGGCGAGCUCGCUGCCGGCACGGACGACAAGGUCCAGCUCGUCACUUACGCCAUUGGAUUGACCCGUAUCCCCGAAGAGGUCAACAACCCCGAAACCCGUGGAUGGAGGUUGAUCGAGCUGCAGAAGGCUGCUCGUGAUUACAUCUAA